GCGGUCGCCGGCGGCCGGGGUUGGCGGAGGAGGCAGCCGCAGCAGCCCGGGCUCGGUGGCCGCUAGCCCGUCCGGGGGAGGCGGCCGCCGGAGGGAGCCAGCGCUUGAGGGCGUGCUCAGCAAAUACACCAACCUCCUCCAGGGCUGGCAGAACAGGUACUUUGUGCUGGAUUUUGAGACUGGCAUCCUGCAGUAUUUUGUGAAUGAACAAAGCAAACACCAGAAACCGCGGGGAGCCCUUUCGUUAGCCGGCGCCAUCGUGUCCCUGAGCGACGAAGCGCCCCACAUGCUGGUCGUGUACUCUGCUAAUGGAGAGAUGUACAAACUGAGAGCUGCCGAUGCAAAAGAGAAACAGUAUUGGGUGACUCAGCUUCGAGCUUGUGCCAAAUACCACAUGGAAUCGAAUUCUAAGAUGAUGAACCAGGUGGAAGGACAGCAGAAGAACCUUGUGCACGCCAUUGAGUCCCUCCCAGGUUCUGGCCCUCUCACUGCCUUGGACCAGGAUCUGCUGCUGCUGAAAGCUACCUCUGCUGCUACCCUCAGCUGCCUUGGGGAGUGCCUCAACUUACUACAGCAGAGUGUACACCAGGUGGGCCAGCCCAGCCACAAGCCAGGGGCCUCAGAAAACAUCCUGGGAUGGCACGGGCCCAAGUCACAUUCCACAGAGCAGCUGAAAAAUGGGACACUUGGCUCUUUGCCAUCAGCCAGUGCCAACAUAACCUGGGCAAUUUUACCAAACUCCGCUGAAGACCAUCAAUCCUUACAGCCAGAGCCGGAGCCAAACUCAGGCCCUGAACUGGUUUUGUCCGAAGAUGAAAAAAGUGACACUGAAGAUAAGGAAGAGACAGAACUGGGCGUCAUGGAGGAUCAGCGAAGUAUAAUUCUUCAUCUCAUUUCACAACUCAAACUGGGAAUGGAUUUGACCAAGGUGGUGCUUCCCACGUUUAUUCUGGAGAAGCGGUCCUUGCUGGAGAUGUAUGCAGAUUUUAUGGCGCAUCCAGACCUGCUGCUGGCCAUAACUGCUGGGGCCACGCCCGAGGAGAGAGUCAUUUGCUUCGUGGAGUAUUAUCUCACAGCCUUCCAUGAGGGCCGCAAGGGGGCGUUGGCUAAGAAGCCCUAUAACCCCAUCAUUGGCGAGACGUUUCACUGCUCCUGGGAAGUCCCCAAGGACAAGGUCAAGCCGAGGAGGACUGCUCCUCCCUCUUCUGCUGGCUGUCACGACGAUGUGAUGGCCGACGACCCUUCCAAAAGCUACAAACUAAGGUUUGUGGCUGAACAAGUCUCCCACCACCCACCCAUCUCCUGCUUCUACUGUGAGUGCAAGGAGAAGAAGCUGUGCGUCAGCACUCACGUAUGGACCAAAAGCAAGUUCAUGGGCAUGUCCGUGGGGGUCUCCAUGAUAGGGGAAGGUGUGCUGAGGCUCCUGGACCUCGGGGAGGAGUACGUGUUCACCCUGCCCAGUGCCUAUGCACGGUCCAUUCUCACCAUUCCGUGGGUGGAGCUCGGAGGAAAAGUCAGCAUCAACUGUGCCAAGACGGGGUACUCAGCGACGGUGAUCUUCCACACGAAGCCUUUUUACGGAGGGAAAGUCCACAGGGUCACAGCAGAAGUGAAGCACAAUCCAACCAACACCAUUGUUUGUAAAGCCCACGGGGAAUGGAACGGUACCUUGGAGUUCACCUACAGCAAUGGAGAAAGCAAAGUCAUCGACACGACUGCAUUGCCGACGUACCCUAAGAAGAUCAGACCUCUCGAGAAGCAGGGGCCCAUGGAGUCCAGGAACCUGUGGCGGGAGGUGACCCGAUACCUGCGUUUGGGGGACAUAGAUGCAGCCACUGAGCAGAAGCGGCGCCUGGAGGAGAAGCAGCGGGUGGAGGAACGGAAGCGGGAGAACCUCUGCACACCCUGGCAGCCCAAGUAUUUUGUCCAGGAGGGCGAUGGCUGGGUCUACGUCAGUCCCCUCUGGAAGGCCCACUGAUGGGGUGGAGGUGCAGAGCGUCCCGAAAUAGCCCUGUUUUUGUAGGAAUUAAAGUGGUACAGUAUCAAGGUUCUGCUGAUGUUCACUGAAGCCUCUUGCUGUCACCCAAGAAAUGGUAACCAAGAGAGGAAUCCUAUACUGUGAAUAUGCAUCCCCCAAUCUCUGCUACAGGACUGAAUUUAUUCAAGAGCCAUCUGGGGCGUGUGUGUGUUCACACACAUGCACCAUUAUACGUAUACGUCUGCUGGGUAUUAUUAUAUGUGUAAAUACUGCACCCCCAAGGUUUCAGUGGGUAAUUAUGAGCUCCUUUUUAUCAAUGAAGUUUUCUACUUUUCACUUCGCACUCACAAAGACAUUCUCACCCAGUCAACUCCUGUCAAAAGAAAGGUGAGUUGGCCGGGCCGGCUGCCAUCCAUAUAGUAGCACAGAGGUGUGGGUGGCUGUCAUUUCAAAAUUAUUGUUGAUUCUCGCCUCCUCUGCACCUCAACCUUUUGUCUGUCUUCCCCUCAGAAAGAUAUAAAUUGCUAUUUCUUGCUGGAUAGGGGGUGAGCAGGAACUGGAAAGUUUAUGCCAGAGUCUUCCAGGAUGGACUGAACGCCUCUGGAGAACCCUGGAAUUUUCCUCCCAUCUACUGGCCUCAGAAGCUUUCUGACAAUUUCUCACACUGAAAGCACUAGUCACACAUUUUUCAGAAGCUGCUGCUUUUAUAGCAGAAGAUAAAUCAUAUGGCGCCUUCACUACUUUUGUGAUUAAAAAAAAGGGCUUCAGAAGUUGAAUAUACACACAUGCAUGCAUCGCAGCCUCAAUCUUGUAUUUAGUUUGGGGAAAGAGAAAAGAAUUUCCUGCAAAUUUUUUUUUUUUU